AUGUCCACCACAACAACUGCCGCCUCCACACCCACCACCUGCGCCGGCAACGGCUGGAUCCUCCCAACCCAAGACUCUGCCUGCGGCCUCCUAAACCACAACAACGCCACCGACAUCAUGGACAAAUGCUGCACGCCUGCCUCCGUCAAGAAAACAGACGGCGACUGCAGCCUCUACUGUCUUGCGCAGGAGCAAUCCGUCGGCGACUUGACAAAGUGUAUUACCGAUAAUGGGGCCGGGUUUAGCGAUGUGUUCUGUAAUGAUAAGCAGAAUGCGACUGCGACGGCUAGUGUGACGAGUACGGCUAAGAGGACGGGAAGCUCGAGCUCGGGGACGAGUACGGAGAGUGGGAUUGCGAGCUCGGCUAGGGUUUCGAAGUCGGGGUUGGGGGUUUUGGGGGUUGUGCUGGGGAGUGUUAUCUUGGGUGCUCUCUGA